UUAUAACUGCUAUUGCGAUAAUAUUGCGAUUCAAUUUCUAUUCAAUUUUGACAUUAUUAAGGAAAUCGGGCCCCUGAUCUUUGUAAUGUGCGUACUACCAUUCAUCUUUAUACGGAUUAACGAGCCCAAACAAACUAUCGGCCGACUAAAAGUUUUCAGUGUGCGGGUACGUAAAGACAAGUAUAAAUACGUCUCUACUUUUACACAGAGCAACAUUCGAAGUUCAUCUCCAGUUCAGUCCGUUUUAAGCAGAAAAUAUUAUUUUAAGUUUUAUAGAACAAAAUGUUUAAAAUAACGGUCAUUUUGUCACUUAUGUUUAUUGUGAGUUGUGCGUGGGCUGGUUGCGACUCUUGCGGGCAGGAGUGCGCCCCCGCGUGCGGGACGAGACGCUUCCGAGCUUGCUGCUUCAACUACCUGCGCAGGAAGAGGGGGCCAGAGCUCAACAAGAUCCUCUCUGCUCCUCGAGAUACGAAGGAGGAGAAAGCCCCAGCAGUAGCCAUGUACGUGGUGGCGAACAUCCCAGUACCAGAACCGUGGAUGUCCAGCGCCGUGUCAAGCGAAAACCAACGCUAUUCGCUAGAGGAUAUGCUUGAAAAUCACGUGGAUUAACUUUUAGCACUGUCGUUGGGCCUUAUAAUUUUGAGCAGGCACUUAAUAAGAGGUUUUCAUUUGUUUAAAUAGUCCAAGAUUGUUGAUCUACUCAGUCUUACCAAGGGGUAUCGGGUUGCCCGGGUUACUGGGUUGAGAAGGUCAGAUAGGCAGUCGCUCCUUGUAAAGCACUGGUACUCAGCUGUAUACGGUUAGACUGGAAGCCGACCCCAACAUAGUUGGGAAAAGGCUCGGGUUAUGAUGAUCAAGAUUGUUAAGUGCCUUCUCAAAUUAAGAAAAAGUUACUAUUUAAAACUAUUUAAAAAUACGUCUGUGAAUAAAAUUGGUUUUAAAAUGUGCAAAGUACAGAAAAAUAAUUUUUUACAUACAAAUAAAGAUAUCUAAAAAUCA